ACUGUUUGGGACUCCGGUGUUCAUUAUGGCAGUGAUGUUUUGUUUUGUUUUUUCAGUAUCCAAAAAACAUCAAUCACAUUCAUAACAAAAUUAGACAUAAAGUAAAAGCCGAAAAAGAGAAAGACAAAAGAAAAAAAAUACUAGUAUUGUACAUAAAUAGUGUGUGCUUAUCUUCGUGUAAGGGUAAAAACAAAAUGAUCUAAAUAAAGUUAUAAAAAGUUUUCUGAUUUUUCAUCUCUUUCUCUUUCUUGUCUUAUUCUACAACUAUGUCAGCAGCUGAACCAACAACACAACAUACUUCUACUCCUAACCAGGAUAUUGAGGCUAAAUAUCAUGCCCCCGCUUAUCCUCCAGUACCCAUUUAUGCUGCUCCAACCAUUGCUAAUCCUGGUCCUUUGGGUCUUAGUUCUUUUGCCUUAACCACCUUUGUUCUAUCCCUUCACAAUGCAGGUGCUGGUGUUCCUGCUAGUGGUCCAAAUGAAGUUGUAGUUGGUCUUGCUUUGUUUUAUGGUGGUGUUGUUCAGAUCUUGGCUGGUAUGUGGGAGUUCAGAACUGGUAAUACAUUUGGUGCCACUGCUUUCUCUAGUUAUGGUGGUUUUUGGUUAUCUUUUGCUUGUAUUCUUAUUCCUGGAUUUAACAUUACUGCCGCUUAUACUGAUUCCGCCGUCUUGGAAAAAUCAUUGGGCAUUUAUUUGAUGUCUUGGGCAUUAUUCACUGGUCUUUUACUGAUUGCUUCUCAUCGUUCUAGUGUUGGACUAAUGAGUUUGUUUUUCUUCUUGUUUAUCACAUUUACUCUCUUGGCUGCUGCUAAAUUCAAUGACAGCCUCACAACUCAAGUUGCAGGCGGUGCUUUCGGUGUGAUCACUGCUUUAAUUGCUUGGUACAACGCUCUUUCUGGUCUUUUGACAAAAGAUUCUUCUUAUUUCCUUUUACCUACCGGUCGUCUCAACUAAUAACUUUUGUAAAUGUCUGUAUUCCCUAGUUUUUUUUUUUAAAAUUAUUUCUUAAUCACUAUAAACCUCUUUUUUUUUUAAUAUAAAUUUGUAUGUUUAGAAAAAAAAAAGGGAAAAUUUUUUACCUUGCGUGGGAAUUGGCGUAGUAAAUAGAAUCAAAAAAAGAUAAAUUGUAUAAAAAAAAAUUGAUUAUAGUUUGACAGCUUCAAAAAAAUGCGGGGCGGAAGCAUUUCCUUUUUAUUUUUUAGCUAUUAAAACAUCAUGUACCAAAUGAUAUUACCAAAAAAAAGAGAAUCUAAAAUAUCGGGUUUUCAAGAAAA